AUUAGACAGUGCGGGCUCAUUAAUCGGGUAACUAUUCGGCGCCAAGCUGAAAGGAUCGUACCAACAUUAAUAACAAUUUCAUAGUGGUAUCAUCGAUAACGAUACCUAUCUACUUCCAAAGCAAAAAAGAAAAGCUAACUUGAGCUUCACCCGAAGCUACCUCUUUUUUUUUACACCAUCUCCCAUCUCCCAUCUCCCCUCUUAUACGACUUUCAGUCACACGCUCUUAAUUCUCAAAAUGGCCUCAAUUGCGCGAUGCCUUCGGGCAGCUAGACCGUCUACCCUCUCUCGACUGGCACAAGUACCGCGCACGACAUACAACUGGCAACCGGCGACGCUGCGAGCUUUCUCUGCUUCACCGAUAAGAGACAUUCGCAAGUACACCAAAGACCACGAAUGGAUCGACCUGAACGCCGAUAAGACGGCGGGCGUGAUCGGCAUCUCGCAGUACGCCGCCGAGGAGCUGGGCGACGUGGUAUACGUUGAGCUGCCGGAGGAGGGCAAGGUGGUCAGCGCGGGCGACGCCAUCGGCGCCGUGGAGUCGGUCAAGAGCGCCGCCGACAUCAACGCCCCGAUCGCCUGCAAGGUCACCAGCGUCAACCUGGCCCUCGAGGAGAAGCCCGGCACCAUCAACCAGGUCCCCGAGGACGACUCGCACGGCGGCGGCUGGAUCGUCAAGGUCCAGGUCGGCGAGCAGGGCGUCAAGGACUUCGACGCCCUCAUGACCCUCGAGGAGUACAAUGCGUUUACCGGCGAGGAGGAGCACUAGACAUAGUUAAACUUGUAUAUCGAGAGAGAUGGGGAAGUUUGAAAAGGAUAGUGUAAGUGAUGUGAUGUGAUGUGAUGCGAUGUGAUUGAUGAUGAUGAGUUAUGGAUGAGGAAGAGGACAGUCGGAGAGACGUCAAUCAAUCAAUCAUGCAAGCAAGCAAGCAAAGGGAGGGGGGG